AUGAGUGGAAAAACAAGGUCAAGAAGGAGGACCAGGCUUUCAAGGGGUAGUUCUGAAGAAAGCAAUGAUAAUGCCAGCAUGAAUUCUGUGCCCCCAGAGCCUCAGGCUCAUUGUUUCAACAGGUUAAUUCAAUCAUGGAAGACUAUUCUAAGUAUUAUCCUGGUAUUAAUUUUAUUGAUUGUAUUCCUUAUAGGACUUACAAAUCACAUGUGGCUUAAAGAAACAGAAUUUCUUCAGAAACCUAGGAGCUUUUAUGCUGUAAUGGCAGAAUAUGGCUCAAGGCUUUAUAAUUACCAGGUUCGACUUAAAAUGCCAAAAGAGCAACUAGAACUGCUAAAGAAGGAGAGUCAGAUUUUGGAAAAUAACUUUCAGAAAAUUAUGGCUUUAAUUAAGCAAAUUGAUGUUCUGAAGACACUACUUAGAGAUAUGCAGAGUCCUCUACACAACUACAGCUGGAGCACUGAAGAAGAUACCAUAGAGGUUGAGGACCACACAGAGAGUAUGGAUGAGGAAAUGUUAAACUUGGUAAAUUAUGUACUUAAAAAGUUGAGAGAAGAUCAAGUGCAGAUGGCUGAUUAUGCUCUGAAGUCAGCAGGUGCCUCUAUCAUUGACACUGAGACCUCAGAAAGCUACAAAAACAAUAAGACAAAACUAUACUGGCAUGGGAUUGGGUUCUUAAAUUAUGAAAUGCCUCCAGACAUUAUUCUCCAGCCAGAUGUUCACCCUGGAAAAUGCUGGUCCUUUCCAGGCUCCCAGGGUCAUGCCCUAAUCAAGCUUGCCAAGAAGAUAAUCCCACUGGCAGUUACCAUGGAGCACAUCUCAGAGAAGGUGUCACCCUCGGGAAAUAUCUCCAGUGCACCGAAGGAAUUUUCUGUUUAUGGUAUUUCAAAACAAUGUGAAGGAGAAGACAUUUUCCUAGGUCAGUUUAUAUACAAUAAAACAGGAGCCACUGUCCAAACAUUUGAGCUCCAGUAUGAAGUUUCUGAGCCUUUAAAUUGUGUGAAAAUUAAAAUACUCAGCAACUGGGGACACCUGAAAUAUACUUGUCUCUAUAGAUUCAGGGUCCACGGUACCCCAGGAAAUCACACCUAG